AUGCGACCCUCAUAUACCUGCACGCGGUGCUUGUCCGCUUUCAAGAGCUCGCGCACGCAGCUACGAUCCGCACAAGCGUUCCGCCCUCUUGCCCAAAAUGGCACAUCGCAGCGAAAUCAUUCCACCAAAGGUCCGGCGCAACCGAAGUUGGCCUCGCCCCGAAGAGGCCUCUCGACUACGCCCAAUCGCAGUUUCGAGAAGCCAUUCGAACCGUAUGAGUACAUCGAUCCGGAAGGUAUCAAACGAACCCUUGUAUUGACGGAGAACAACCUCUUCAACUCGUUCACGAAUUCGCCUAUACCGCAGAUUCGCAAGAGAGCCGCUUUCAUGCGACAGCAUGCGUACUGUCCGCAUCCCGACCAUAAGCCGACACGAGCCGUGAAGAACUCCAUGGAUCUUGAGGCUCGCAAAUCGUCCGAGAAGGGCUCUCCGCCUGCCCAUGUAAACUUCGAGUGCCCAGACUGCGGGAUACCGGUCUACUGCUGCGAGGAGCAUUGGGCAGACGACUACGAAGCGCAUCUGGAAGUUUGUGAUGUGCUGCGACAAUCGAACGAGGACGACCAUGACUUGCGAAGCGGAAGGUUCUUCAAGGAAUUCCAGUUCGCCGAGCCCCAGAUGGAGGAGAUCCUCGUGAACAUGACAAGCUGGGAUACAUAUCUGUACACGCGAGAUUUUGAUGCGCUCAACAAGGACCGAGAGAUGCGACAGGCUACGAAACUCCUCACGUAUCCCAUGACCAUUGCCAGUGUCAUCAACGAAUUGAGUCCUUAUAACAUUCGCAAGAAUGGAAGGAUGACUCCUGAGGGUCUCAAGAGCUUCAGCGCUCUGCGACACACGCUGCACCCCCCGCGAUCAGGUGGUGGUGACACUUGGAAGAAUGCACGCAUCGCACCCCCGUCGGUUCGUUUGUUUGUCCUUGGUGCACGCGCUGAAUCGUCUCUUCCGCGCGAGACAUGGAUGCAACUUGCCUACCUCUUCCACCGCGUUCAAUUCUCCCUGAACUUCAUUGGUCCCGAAGCCAUGGCGAACCGCGAGAAGGAACUUCCUCUUCCUGAGCGCACACCUCUCAAUCCCUUUGGCGCCGUCAUUGAAGAUCGUAUCUCCAACGCCAUGAAGAUUAGCACCUUUGUCGAACACUACCACAACAUCCACAAGACGGGCUACUUUUACCCCUACGAUCCCUACUUCGACUGCUUCAUUGUCUUUCAUCCUGGCUUCGGUAACGCAGCAUCGAUGCACGAGUGGGAGGAGACAAUUCCUUUGCUCCUUGAAACCAAGGUUCCAAUCAUCGCUACCGGUUACUCUCCUUGGGAUGUACAGCAGGAUAUCGAUCAUCUGCAGAAUCGCUACGGCAACGAGAUGGACAUCCUGCUUCAGCCUGGAGAGAAUCUGUUCAGGAGUUUGAGGUGGGAUCUCAACGACUUGGACCCCCAUGAUGUCACUUGCAGUAACUGGGGCGUUUACGCUUUCCGAGGAAAGCGAUACGAGACAGCUAAGAAGGAAGAGGAGGUUGAAGUGCAUAGUGACAGGACUGCAUAG